GAGAGAGAGGCGAGGGGCGCUGGGAGCAGGCGAGUGGGACUCCUGAGCCGAGAGCCGGAGGCUGCGCCUUCCCCACCGGGACCUUCGCUGCACACCAGAUCCUUGCCCUGCCCGGCCCGAGCUCCCAGGAUGACCACCACCCUCGUGUCCGCCACCAUCUUCGACUUGAGCGAAGUUUUAUGCAAGGGUAACAAAAUGCUCAACUACAGUACUCCCAGUGCUGGGGGCUGCCUGCUGGACAGGAAGGCGGUGGGCACCCCUGCCGGCGGGGGCUUCCCUCGGAGGCACUCCGUCACCCUGCCCAGCUCCAAGUUCCACCAGAACCAGCUUCUCAGCAGCCUCAAGGGGGAGCCAGCUCCAGCCCUGAGCUCGCGGGACAGCCGCUUCCGCGACCGUUCUUUUUCGGAGGGAGGCGAGCGGCUGAUGCCCACCCAGAAGCAGCCGGGUAGCGGCCAGGUCAACUCGAGCCGCUACAAGACGGAGCUGUGCCGCCCCUUUGAGGAGAAUGGUGCCUGUAAGUACGGGGACAAGUGCCAGUUCGCACAUGGCAUCCACGAGCUCCGCAGCCUGACCCGCCACCCCAAGUACAAGACGGAGCUGUGCCGCACCUUCCACACCAUUGGCUUCUGCCCCUACGGGCCCCGCUGCCACUUCAUCCACAACGCGGAGGAGCGCCGCGCCCUGGCCGGGGCCCGAGACCUCGCCGCCGACCGUCCCCGCCUCCAGCAUAGCUUUAGCUUUGCUGGGUUUCCCAGUGCCGCUGCCACCACCGCUGCCACAGGGCUGCUGGACAGCCCCACGUCCAUCACCCCACCCCCCAUCUUGAGUGCUGAUGACCUCCUGGGCUCACCCACCCUGCCUGAUGGCACCAGUAACCCCUUCGCCUUCUCCAGCCAGGAGCUGGCGAGCCUCUUUGCCCCUAGCAUGGGGCUGCCCGGGGGUGGCUCCCCGACCACCUUCCUCUUCCGACCCAUGUCCGAGUCCCCUCACGUGUUUGACUCUCCCCCCAGCCCUCAGGAUUCUCUCUCGGACCAGGAGGGUUACCUGAGUAGCUCCAGCAGCAGUCACAGUGGCUCAGAUUCCCCCACCUUGGACAACUCAAGACGCCUGCCCAUUUUCAGCAGACUUUCCAUCUCAGAUGACUAA